AUGUCGCUCACGUUCUUCUCAAUCCCCUCCUUUAAAACAAUCUCUCCCAUCUGCGAAAUCAUCUUCAUCCUUGGAGGCAGAAUGAUUCUCUCAUCCUCCUCCCUCAAUGGAAACAAUGCUCCACCGUCACAAGAAAAGUUCGACAUUAUUCAGAUAAAUCUCUUCGAUUUCGGCAAUCACAGCAACCUCGAGCCUACCUUCUCCACCGCGAAAGAGAAAGGCAGCCCACGCCAAGAAAAGCAAAUCGGGGUCGACCCGAUUUCCCUACAGCAAGAGCCGGCCUUCUUCGGGUCAAAACCGUUGCCGCCCAUCAAGACGAACGGUUGGCACGGCCUUCUUCCCCCGCUCUCGUCUGCCAAGAGCAAGUUCCUCAGCCACAGCCUCCCAAGCUCGGCCACGACAUCGCCACGCUUCCCAUCCAUUAGUAAUCUACUGAAGAGGAACAAGAAGUGGGUGCAGCAGGAAAGUCAGGCACAUACUCCUCCUCAACUGGAUUUCGACCAUCUCAUGAUGCUCAGCCCGUACCUCGCGAUGCAACAAGAGAUGAGGAGGUUCAGGAGGAGCAAGUCAUGCGGCGAAGGAAGAGCAAUCCCACCCUCCGUAGACUUUGAUCUUCUGGCAACCCAAGCUAAAGCUAAAGCUACUGGUACGACUUCUAGCACUAGUGACAGUAGUUGUACCAGUGACAGUAGCGAGAGCGAAUGUCACCAAGAUGUGAACCUCAAGAACAACUUCCCCAUAACUGUGAGCAACGAAGACCGCGAUGGUAAGAGGGAGAAGGAAAGUCGGCAGGAGGAGUUCAAAUGCGGGGCACUGUGCUUGUUCCUUCCAGGGUUUGGCAAGGCCAAGCCUGUCAAAUCGAAGAAGGAUUUAUCACAAGCAGCGGAGAACAACUAUGUGAUCUCUAGGACUGUUUCAUUGGAGAAAUUUGAAUGCGGAUCGUGGGCUUCCCCCAUUAUCAACGUGAACGAAAUCAGCCAUGAAGAUGGAGCUGGAGCUGGAACGGGAGACUCCGCCAACCUCUACUUUGAUCUGCCGCUAGAGAUGAUUCAGAGCGGUGCCAACGACAUGCAUUCUCCGGUAACCGCGGCUUUCAUCUUUGACAAGGAGAGGAAGGGCGUCUUGAAGAACGGCUCGAUGAGGGCGCCCAACAGGAAGUCGCACGAGUCCUCUCGGCACGUUCGGUUCUCCACGUCUUCGCCGACUUCGCACCCUGAAUCGCCGACUUCUUGCAUCACGCCCCGCUUGCGCAAGGCGAGGGAGGACUUCAAUGCCUUCCUAGAAGCACAGAGUGCUUGAAAGUUAUCAUCAGCUCCUCACAUUCCUAAACCUAAACUAGCGAAUCUCCUGUCCGAUGAUCCAUCUGCAUGUAAUACGUUUGUGUCGUAACUUUUGAAUCGAGAAAUCGUGAUGUCAUCGUGUCUAGAUGCAGAGACGGAACGAUCCAUCGUAUGUAAAACCCCCAGCUUCCCUUGGAUUACAAAGUUUUGGUGAUGAGACGUCUGUUCCGUUUGUUUUUUUAGGUUGUGCAUGGUCGAAUGAAGGUUUGUA